AUGUCCUCACUCCUCAGAUCCGUCACAAGACUUUCAUCCCGCGCCGCCGUCCGCUCAACACCACGCAUCAUCACAAGAUUCCAUAUUCAGCCCUUUAGCGUCAACACAGCAAAGAUGUCUGAGCAAUCCAUCGUCUUCACUAAGAACGCCCCGGCCGCUCUUGGCCCCUACAAAAAGUCUAAUCUAACCAUCAUCAACCCCCAACAGUCCCAGGCCAUCAAGACCCCCACCGCCAUCUACUGCUCCGGCCAGAUCCCCCUCACCCCCGAGGGCACCUUCGUCGAGGGCUCCAUCGCCGACAAGACCAAGCAGUGCAUCUCCAACCUCAAGGCCGUCCUCGUUGAGGCCGGCUCCUCCAUUGAGAAGGUCGUCAAGGUCAACAUCUUCCUCGCUGACAUGGGCGACUUUGCCGAGAUGAACGGCGAGUACGAGAAGUGGUUCACCCACAAGCCCGCCCGCAGCUGCGUCGCCGUCAAGACUCUGCCCAAGAACGUUGACGUUGAGAUUGAGUGCAUUGCCCUUCCUUGA